AUGACAACAGCCUCCGUCGACGCGCCGCCAGAACCCAGCGCCGCCGCCGCCGCCGCCUCCUCCUCCUCCCCCACCGACGCCGCGGCCACACCACCCGUCCACACCUACCACUGCAUCUGCACGCAGCUCCUCCUCGCCACCACCACGCCCCUCUCGUCCCUGCCCCGCCGCGCCAACGGCAGCGACGACUCCGCCCUCCUCGACCGCGCCUACAUCCUCCCGCUGCCCGCUCGUCCGCCAUCCACCACCACCGCCUCCUCCUCCACCUCCGCCGACGAACAGACUUCGACAGCGGCCGCGGGUGCUGGAGGUGGUAACGGGCACUACGCGAUCCUGCUGAACGUGCAGCUCGACCGGCGGCCGCGCAUCGUGCGGCGCGAGGACGGGCUCGAGAAGCGGUGGGUGCAGCGCUGUGCGCGGUGCGCGUGCGUGGUGGGGUAUCAGUUGGAUUGGGCGCAUUUUGCGGGGGGCGGCGGUGGUGGUGCUGGUGGUGAUGGUGGUGGUGAGAAGGAGGGAGAGGAGGGAGGGGAGGGUGCGGGUGCGGGUCAGGGAAGCAGCAGCCAGACGGGUAGGACGGGGUGGAGGAGGGAUGUGGUGUAUUUGCUGCCGGAGGCUAUGGUGGGGACGGAGGAGAUGGCGAGGGAGGGGGGGCUGCAGCAGCAGCAAGGUGGUGGUGGUGGUGGGUUGGAAAAGGGUGGAGGUGGGAAGUGA